AUGGAGCUGGCCGCCGCGGUCGCGGCUCUGUCCCUGCCGACGCGCCUCGGCCCUGCCCCCACCGCUUGCCGGCCCCUACCUACCAGCCGUGUUGCACGCUACUCUUCCCCUGCCACUGCUGCCCUUAGCCGCCUCAUGCUGCCGUACCUGUUUCCUGACCUCGCCGCCUUUCCCACUGUCACUGACCUCGUUACGCACCUUCGCACUAGUGACACCCGCUACCGGCGCUGCUGCUUCCUGCUGAGUUCUGGACCACUUCCUCUCAUGUUUGCCCCACCAACACUCACCGUUGACCUCCUCAAGGAGCGCCUCCUGGCAGCUGAGAAGAGUAUAGUCGCUGUAGGAGCUUCUCGUGGUGACCCUCGUGCCCCCGUCUUUAAGGGGUGCUCCCCCUCCCCCCUUUUGCCCUCUGUUGCCUCUGCUGCUGCCGUCGACUUCGUUGGCACCGAGUCGGUCGGCGAUGCGUCUGCCCCUAGCGGGCGACGCCGCACUGGCAAGGGCAAAGGGGCAAGGGCGCUGGAGGGGCUGGCGGGGGCGGUGGAGGUGGCGGUGGAGGAGGCGGAGGGAGUGGGGGUGGUGGUGGGAGUGGUGGCGGGGGUGGGGGCUUCGGUGGCGGCGGUGGAGGCGGAGGCGGCGGCGGCAGUGGCGGUGGGAGCGGAGGAGGAGGCGGUGGCAGCGGUGGCGGAGGUGGCGGCGGAGGAGGUGGAGCUAGUCGGGGUGGCUCUGCGCAGCGUGGCGGCUUCGGUGGUGGGUCAGCGCCAGCAGCAGCAGCGCGCUUGUGAGACUCCGCCCCCCAGCAGCUUCGUGAGUGGUACUCAGCGCAUCAGCGGGUCGAGGGUUGCUGUCUUUGAUCUCGAUUAUGAUGCCAUUCUUGCUGCCAUGUAUGUUGUGUCUACUAGUGAUGAGGGUGAUUGUUACCUGUGUGUUCCGCCUGACCCGGGCAUUGAGGCUGCUGCUCUAGGUGCUAGUGCGUCUGCUGCCCAAGGUGCUGGUAAGUCUGCUCUCUCAGGUACCACGUCGGCUCAGGCCUUACACACCUUCACCCUUGACUCGGGUGCUUCCCACUCCUUCUUUCAAGACCGCACCCCGCUUACGCCGCUUAGUCGGCCGGUUGCGGUCUCCCUGACGGACCCCUCUGGGGGUCCUGUCCUUGCCCACUUCUCCACUGUCUUACCGUGUGCCGCAGCCCCCUCUGGCACCCUGUCAGUCUGA